CAAAUCCAUUUAUAAGUAAGCCAUCCUCUCUUCUUCCCAACAGUCCAUAACCUUAACAACAGUUUCAUAAAACCUAAAACCGAAAUGGGGUUAGACGUAAAAAUGGUGUCUGUGUGUUGUACUAUGGUGCUAACAACCAUGUUUCUAUCAACCUAUGCUCAAAUAUGUUCCAAUUACGCGUUUGCAAACAACGCGGUGUUUAGUUCUUGCAAUGAUCUCCCGGUUUUAAACUCGUUUCUACACUACACAUACAACCCGUCUUCACAAACACUCGCAAUUGCCUACCGUCACACAAACUUCGAUUCUUCCAAGUGGGUUGCAUGGGGGAUUAAUCCAACUUCUCAAGGGAUGGCUGGAACACAAGCACUGGUUGCGUUCCAGCAAUCCGAUGGGAGUAUGAAGGUGUACACGUCACCAAUCACGGGUUAUGCCACACAGUUGGCGGAAGGGGAUCUUAGCUUCCCGGUUUCUGACUUGUCAUCAACUUUUUCAAAUAACGAGAUUGUUAUAUUCGCGACUUUGGGUCUACAAAACGGGACGGGUGCUACCAUGAAUCAAGUUUGGCAAGAAGGUCAACUAUCCGGAAAUGCGCCUACGGCACAUGCUACAUCGGGUGAUAAUAUAAGGUCUAUGGGGACUGUAAACGUUCUUUCAGGACAAUCCGGGAGUGCAGGAGGGGCAUCCGGAACCAGUUCUAAAACCACGAAACGAAAUAUUCAUGGUGUGCUAAAUGCAAUUAGUUGGGGUAUCAUGAUGCCACUUGGAGCUAUAAUUGCAAGAUAUUUAAGGGUCUUCCCGUCUGCUGACCCGGCUUGGUUUUACCUUCAUGUUACCUGCCAAACGUCUGCUUACGUCAUCGGUGUUUCCGGAUGGGCCACCGGAAUCCGGCUCGGCAGCCAGUCUCCGGGUAUCCAGUUCACGGCUCACAGAGUCAUCGGCAUCAUACUAUUCUGUGUAGCCACCCUCCAGGUGAUUGCAUUGCUUGUAAGACCGAAGAAGGAACACAAACACAGGAUAUUCUGGAACAUCUACCACCACUCACUCGGUUACAGCAUCAUCAUUCUAGGCAUAAUCAACAUAUUUAAGGGCUUUGACAUCUUAAACCCUGAGAAGAAAUGGGAAAGAGCUUAUACCGGAAUAAUUAUUAUUCUAGCUAUUGUUGCGGCAAUUCUGGAAGCUUAUACAUGGCUUGUAGUUUUAAAGCGGAAGAAAGCGGCGAAUGCUGAGAAGAUGACUAAUGGCAAUGGAUACGCGAAUAACGGGCACUAUCCGUACAGUGGAAUGACCGGGAGGGUUUAACCGUUUAAGUAAAAGUCGAAUUUCCUAAUGAUUUUCAUCCAGAUUUUUCUUUUUUCUAUGUACCAUAUUUUGUUUCGCCGUUUGUUUAUUUUCUUUUUUAGGGUCUGAAUAUUAAUUAAAUUAAAUGAUAUGUUGUUAAGACCUAUCUCCCUAUUGAUUGUGUGGAGAUUAGUGUUGUGUUUAUUUUUCAUUUUGUUUUUCA